AUAAUAUUCAACCUUCUAAAAAAAAGCCAUGUCGAGUUCUCGUGGGCAAUUCAAGCCAAAGAAAAAUCUACCCAUUGAAACCACAUUUAAGCUUCCUGCGGAUAUCCCUGUUUGGCCACCAGGUAAUGGAUUUGCAACCGGCAUCAUUGACCUUGGUGGUGGGUUGCUAGUGUCACAAAUAACAACAUUCAACAAAGUUUGGACAACCUAUGAAGGUGGACACAAUAAUCUUGGUGUCACUUUUUUUGAACCAACAGGUCUAUCUGAAGGGUUCUUUAUGCUGGGAUAUUACUGCCAACCCAACAACAAACCUCUUCAUGGUUGGGUUCUUGUGGGGAAAGAUAACUCAUCAACCGCCAAUAGAGCUUUAGCCAUACCACUUGAUUACAAAUUGGUAUGGAACACUCGGUCUCUAAAAAUAAAGCAAGAUGGAGAAGGCUAUAUUUGGUUACCAAUAGCCCCUGAAGGGUACAAACCUGUGGGCCAUGUUGUCACCACCUCACAAGAGAAACCUUCCCUUGACAAAAUAAGGUGUGUUAGAUCAGACCUCACUGAUGAAUGCACAACACACCAUUCAAUGAAGCUUUGGAGAAUAGACAACAAGAGGUUCAAUGUGUAUGAUGUUAGACCAAUAAAGAGAGGGGUUGAAGCUCAAGGGGUUAGUGUAGGAACCUUUGUAGCACAAAGUGGAGGGACAAAUUCCAAAGCUUUACCUAUUGUUUGUUUGAAAAACACCAAGGGUGGAUUUCCCUCCAUGCCUAAUUUAUCACAAGUUAAGGCAUUUAUCAAGGCUUAUUCUCCAUAUAUGUAUUUGCAUCCCAUGGAAGAGUACCUCCCUUCCUCUGUGGAAUGGUUUUUCACCAAUGGGGCAUUAGUUUUGGAGAAAAGUAGAAAGGGUGACAUCAAAGAGAGUUCAAUAGAACCAAGAGGCUCUAACCUUCCACAAGGUGGUUCUAAUAUUGAUGAUGUUGUUACCCAUUGGUUGGACUUGCCUAUGGAUGAAACCAAGAGAGUUAGAGUCAAAAAAGGAGAUUUAACAAGUGCACAAGCUUAUGUUCAUGUUAAGCCCAUGCUAGGGGGGACUUUUAGUGACAUUGUCAUGUGGGUUUUCUAUCCAUUUAAUGGGGGUGCAAGGGCAAAAGUGGCAUGCACCAACAUUCCACUGAGGACCAAAGGGGAACAUGUGGGGGAUUGGGAGCAUGUGACACUAAGGGUGAGCAACUUCAAUGGAGAAUUGUGGAGGGUUUACUUGUCACAACAUAGUAGGGGUCAAUGGGUGGAUGCCUCUGAGGUUGAGUUCCAAAAUGGUAAUAGACCUGUGGUUUAUUCUUCCUUGCAUGGCCAUGCUUUGUUCCCAAAACCUGGGCUUGUAAUGCAAGGAGUGAGAGGAUUGGGCAUAAGGAAUGAUGCAGAUAAAAGUGAGAAGGUCAUGGAUAUGGCAAAAGGGUUUGAAAUAGUUGGAGCUGAAUAUUUGGGGUCACAAAUUAGAGAGCCACCUUGGUUGAAUUAUUGGAUGAAUUGGGGCCCCAAGAAUGGGCCCAAGGGCCCAAAGCAAAAGGAUAGCUGGAAAGGAGAUGAACGAUGACUCAUUUUUACACUUGUAUUCUACACUUUUCUUCUAUAAUGUUUCUUUAAAAAAAAAAAAAUAAGAGAGAGAAGAAGAA